AUGGACACUCUAAAAUUGAGUUGGAUUUUGUCUGUUUUAACUGUAGUAUACGGCGCUGUGGAUCCUCCGGCUUGCGACACCUCAUUCGGUUGCGUUUCAUCCCUCCGGCAGGAGGACUGUGCCAAGGGUGAGAUCCUCAUAUCCGGUGGGUCUCUGAACGGGUGCUGCCCCGGGUGUCGGGGCGGACGAAAGUAUCUGGCCGUGUGCAACGAGAACAUUCCCGAUCGACGAUGUGCGCCCGGUUUGAAGUGCGUCGAACGGAAGUGUCUAUACGACCGAUCCACCUGCCUGCACACGAUGCAUCUGGACACGAGUCUGGUUGGGUGGGUCCCCAAGUGCAACCCGGAUGGAACGUACGCCGCCAAGCAGUGCCGAGGGGAUCGCCUAUCCGGUCGCUGCUUUUGCUACAGUGAGGACGGGAAGCGCAUCUUCGGGUGGGAUUGGUACCGGAACACGGAAAAGAUGACCUGUGCCUGCAGCAGACGUCGACAUAAGCUCGAGAAGGAAGGCCGGUUCGAUGUGACGCUACACUGUGCGCAGAAUGGGAACUACGAGGAGUUGCAGUGUGACUCCGGACUUUGCUGGUGUGCGGAUGAGUUAACCGGAAACGUCAAGCUGGGUACGACCGUGGUCCACGAGAGUCUGUUCACGCUGCUACCGUGCUAUAACAGCACCGUGGACGGCGAAACGUACCUGCGCCAGUGCGAGAGUGCCUCCUAUGCGCAGAAGAUGAUCCUCAAGAAGUUCAACACGCACGGCACCGUCGGCGUUACCUUCAACGAGAUCCCGUGCGACUACGAUGGUGCCUACGGGCGGUACAAGGUGGAAAACGGAGUCGUCUACUGCACGUGGCGUGACGGCAAGAAGAUCGGUUCGUUUCAGAUUCGCUCCAGCAUGCUUUCGUCGGUGAACUGCUAUUGUGCCCGGGAUACCGUCGUCUACCGGGAGGCCGGAAUCCCGUUCACUCUGGCCUGUGGCGGCAACGGGAACUACGAGUACUCGCAGGAUCAGAACGGGAAGCUGUUCUGCGUCGAUAGCGACGGGUUUGUCGUUACCACCGAGGUCGCACCGAACGAGGCCUGCGACAAGUACAUCUACAAUUCCGCCUUCUACGACGACGACUAG